AUGCCGAAAGAAAAGAAAAGAACUGGCAAGUAUUGUGUGGCAGCCGGCUGUACAGCAACCAAUGCUGAUGAUAUUUCACUCCACGAAUUCCCGAAGGAAGUAAAACGUGAACUAAGACGAAAAUGGAUAAAUUUUGUUAAAACAAAGCGUCAAGACUUCACACAGCCCACGAGGUUUUCAGUUCUAUGUGAACGUCAUUUUGCACCAAAUUGUUACCCAGAGGAAUACAGAAUUAAACAGUCCCUAGGUAUUGUGAUUAAGAAGAAACGUCUGCUUCCUGAUGCCGUGCCUACCAUUCAUUUACAUAGUAGUAGUACACCGACGAACUCAGAUGCCCCAAUUCACGAUAGCAAAAUGGAUGUCACACACGUGCCCAACAAAGGUGAACCGGCGGCUGAAUCAACACCAUUCAGAGGAGCAUUUAGGAAAAGGGAAUAUUUACGGGUAUUUCAUAGGAUAACAUUUUAA